AAGCUUACUGUGAUAGUCCAGCGACUACAGGGAAGCAUGGGAAGGCGAAAAGUACCAGACUUGUAUCGUGCUCCCUUUCCUCUCUACACUGUUAAAAUCGACCCCAAAACUGGACUCAUCCUUACUGCCGGAGGAGGUGGAGCGUCCAAAACCGGAAUUAAAAAUGGAGUGCACUUCCUGAGUUUAGAACUGGUUGGCAGCCAGCACAGUGCCACUCUGCUACACUCCCAUGACACAGGGACGCGUGCCACCAUGAAUAUGGCCCUGGGAGGAGAUGUCAUUGCUGCAGGACAAGAUGGCAACUGCAACUUGAUGCGCUUCAAACAGCGUGCACCUAAAGAGGGACAGUCAGGCUCUGCAAAGGACGGAGCAGGUGAGCAGGGUGGUGCUAGGAGACGAGGGGGGAAAGGCCAAAAUGGAGGCGGAGAUGUGGCCCAGAUGAAGGAUGAGUCCCUGCAGAUCCUUGUGGAGGAUGUUGGAGUGCUAAAGUCGGACCUCAGCCCUCAGGACCCGGUGCAGAAGUGCGUGCGUUUCAGCUCUGACCUGAAACUGCUGCUGACGGGAGGGGCCGACGGUUAUCUCAGAGUGUGGGAGUAUCCCUCCUUGAAGGAGAAAUUGAACUUCAAAGCUCACAAAGAUGAAAUAGAAGAUUUAGAUAUCAGCCCUGAUAACAAGCACAUCGUGACAGUAGGGCGAGAUUUUGCAUGUAACGUGUGGAGUGGUGAUCAACUGGCACUGGGAUUAUGUUGGCACGACAACAUGCCGCAUAUCACAGAGAAGAUGUAUCGCUAUCAGUCAUGUCGGUUUGCUAAGGUUGAAGACCAAAAGGAUGCAUUAAGACUGUAUACUGUCCAGAUUCCCCACAAAAGGGAGCGCAAACCGCUGCCAUGCUACCUCACCAAAUGGGAUGGAAAGAGUUUUCUGCCCCUGCUCACUAAAACAUGUGGCAAUGAAGUGAUAUCCUGCUUGGGUGUGAGUGACUCUGGAACAUUUCUUGGCCUUGGCACGAUCACAGGAUCAGUAGCUAUCUACAUUGCUUUCUCUCUGCAGAAGCUGUACUAUGUACAUGAAUCACAUGGCAUUGUGGUGACAGACCUGGCUUUCCUCCCUAAUGCCCCCAAAAUCAAACCUCUUAAGGGAAGUAAUGAAGUGGCCAUGUUCAGUGUGGCUGUAGACAGUCGCUGCCAGCUUCAUACUGUGCCCAGCCGGAGAUCUGUUCCAGUAUGGCUGGUGCUGUUGCUUUGUGGCCUGCUGCUGGUGGGCGUCAUUCUGCUCCUGCAGCAUCACUUCCCAGGGUUCAUUUAAUGUUGAGCUCAGUCAGGGAGGGGGUGGAAAGCAUGUCAACCUCACCACCAAGCCACCAAGUCUUCAGCAGCGACUCAGCUUUCACUGUUUACCAAAAUGACGAACACAAGCUGCUGGAAUCAUUCUACAAAUGAUGAUAGUUCUGAUGUAGAAUAGUGGAAUAAUCAUAUUUAUCACUUGUAAAAACUGAAGAAUCAUCUCUGGAGUAUGCGUUUAUGCUCUUAAGUUAUGGAUGAAGAACUGGGGUUUUACCUGGUGAUGGAGCCAACUUUUUACGUCCUGAUGCUGAGCUUCGUUUGUUCACCCACCUCAAUCUUCUUGAUGCUGUAUGUGUGACAAACUAAACAAAGAGAAGAAAUUGGGUUCCUCUUUGCUUUUUAAGAUGCUCUCAUGGAGGUGAUCUGUUUAUCAGACACUGUGGAAUGCCUUUAAUGUCUAUAUAAUACACAGAGAGGGCCAUCAUUGAAUAUUUUAGUUAUUUAAGACAGAUGGAAAAUAUAAUUAUGAACCACUUUGAUUAUGGUGUGGAUCUGUUGGCAGCCUUUAUUGCUGUAAUGUUCUGUAUUUAUCACCUCAUGGUUCAUGCACAUGGACGAGAAUGCAGCUGAUGGAUCGAAGGGAUGUAAUGAAGUAAAAAAAUUCAACUCAGUAUAAAUGCAGCUUAUUAUUAAAUAAGUUAGGAUGCGCUUUAUAUUACAUAACCUUAUGUUCUUUACUUAAACAGAGCUGCACAAAUGUGUAAAUAAUGUCAUUUGGUAUAAUAACUUUUAUUUUUAAUUAUUUUUACAUUAUUCUUUGUCAUAUUUGGCACAAAGCUGAAAUAAUGAAAAAUAAAUGUUAAGUUACUAAAAUGUACUAUAA